AUGGAAACACCAACACCAGCGUCCUACUACUGGGUACAACGCCUUGGCCGACGUCUCUACGGUCGGAAGAGCCAGCUAUUAGACUCUUGUCGGUCCCGCCACUAUACCACCAUCCAAGAAGAACACUAUCAACACCAUGCCUACCAUCGUGUGCCAUCACCACAAGUACAAGAUCUCCUACGCGUUAAGACCAACGAACAUGGCCAGCUACAAUGCCGUGGAUGUGACCAGAUUACCUACCUCCUUCGCUGGGCAGAGGCCGAGAGGAGGAAGGACCCAAACCACAAGGGCACCUCUCCAAAGCGCAUCAUCCACAACAGCUACGUCGAGCUCGACCUGUGCGCAAGGAUGUCCAACUGCGACGCCUGCCAAGUUCUCCGCCGUGCUCUCCUGUUAGACCAGAUCACCGGCCGGGAUGCUGAGCGUUUACGACACACGGAUAACCAGUGGCCAAUCCAGGUAGCUCUAGAUAUACGGCCUGGAGGCGACAGUCUUCUGGUUACCAUCGAGAAAGGAUCCGGGAUUCCUUUGUUCUCUGCAACGGUCGUCCCAAGUCAGAAGCCGUGCCUUGCUGUCGGGAAAAAGACCAAAGGACCUUCCGCAGUCUCCAGGCUUCGGCCCAACUUUGAAGAGCUACGUCAAGUCGUCAGCAACUGCCACGACAACCACCAGUGCUCGUCUAGAUACCGUUGGAACAGCAGAAAUCCGUCGUGGCUUCUAGAGAUUCUAGACGAUGGUAAAGUCCGAGUGGUGCCGGGUCCUGAUCACUUGGUUCCCUAUGUCGUCCUCAGCUACUCUUGGGGAGAUCCCACCACAAUGCCCGCGGAGGAGUGGGCCAGGAUCAAGGGUGCCUCUACCAAAACAAUCAAUGGCGUGCCCGUGGCAGAACGCACAAAUCCAUUUCCUCGAUCGAUUCUGCCAGAAACAAUGCAAGAUGCCAUCGUCAUCACCCAGGAACUGGAUUAUAAGUACAUUUGGAUUGACAAUGUUUGCAUUCCCAAAGGCACCGAUUGGGAUACCGAGGCUUCCCUGAUGCACGAAGUCUACGGAAACGCCGCAUUCACCUUGCUGGCCUCUUCGAGCACAAAAGCAACCGAACCCAUGUUACACGACCGUCUCGCGUGGCUACAAGAACCUAAGCCCUGCAAACUGCGCAACCACUUCCUCUACAACACCCAAAAACCCCUCCACGAAGUCCGCCUCGACCCUCCAGCCUCGCAACGUGCCUGGACCCUCCAAGAAGAGCGUCUUUCUCCCAGAAUUCUCUACUGGACCGGUCAGCGCUGGUACUGGUCCUGCCCCGAGCACCAAACCGUCGAGUCUUCGCCCCUCGACCUUCCUUCGCCUGCUUGUACCUCAGAGGACCAAUCAUGGAGUCCACCACAACGGUUCCUCGACGUCUGUCGUAUCGGUGACUUCCAGAGCAUCGACCAAGAAUGGCUCGACAUCGUCGAAGCCUACACGCGGCGCGACCUCGCUCACUCGGCCGAUCGGUUCCUCGCCAUAUCGGGCCUUGCCGUCCGGUUUCUCGAAGCCAAGAUGGACGGAGGUGGUAAAACCCGCGUUAGCGAGCAAUACUUGGCAGGGUUGUGGCGAGAAGAUCUAGCCAGACACUUGUCGUGGUCGGUUGCAAGCGCUGUGGAUCCAAGGGGGAGUCAUCAAGACGUUGCACCAUCGUGGUCGUGGGCUUCAUUGCCGUUAUGCGUCAACACAAAGAUGAGACAUGCUUUUAGGCAGUCGCCGCACUUCCAGUUCGUGGGAGUCCGUCAGUUCAGUUCUGACCACACUCCCAUAACCCCAACCGCCGCCCUUAACCAGCAAGUCGUCACCAACCCUCGCCUUCGCAGCAAAUUAGCCGAGCAACAAGGCCGCACCGUCAAGCAGAUCGAGAUCCAAGGUCGCUUCCGCCGCUUGAUUUCCGAAAACUCGUGCGCCGUAUCGUGGGAAGCCAUCGAAUGGAAGCGCGGUGAUCGUGUCGGCUUCAACUUUGAACAAUUUCCCGGCCGCGAUCUGCAUUCGAGGAACCACGAUGAUGGUCGCAUAGUCUCCAAAGACGCUCAUGGCGGGGAGGUGGUGGGGCAGUUGGAUUAUCUCGUGCCUGCUGGCGGUUACUUUGGGGAUAAGAAGAGUGACAGUGUCGCUUUGGCAGACGGGGAGGAAACGGAGUUGAUGUGCCUUGAGCUUGGAGAACUGGCAAUGUUGUUGCUUCAAAGAAAUCCCGGAUCUGAAGAGACUUGGAGGAGAGUAGUGAUUAUGGGUAUCGACGUUGCCAAGCAAUGGGGCUUGUGCCACACUCAAUGA